UCGAUGAAAUCAACGUAUUAUCAUUUAUAAAUAGAAAGUUACCGUAUUACGUUUCAUCUUCUCGAAGCUCCUGAUUAUUGUUUAUUGCUUGCAAGGGAAAAAUGUAAAAAGUGCAUACAAGUGUAAUGAUAAAAAUAACUGUUGCUUGCGUGCGAAUGUAUUGAACGAUGCAUUCAAUAAUUUCCAUGUGUGACGUGAAAAAAAUGUGUUUUGCUUGAUGACUUUUAAUAUAUACAAAAAGCCUGUAAAAUGAUUACUUCAUCUAAUUAAUACGAUAUCUCUUGAUAUCGUAUGAUUGAUACUAACGUAAUCAGCGGAUACAUUAAUCAAUUAAUUAAGUAUUAUUUAAAAGUAUAUUUAAAAUAAAACGACAUGGCUGGACAACAGCAUCCUUUUUUAUCUGGAUUUCCCAAUGUGCAACAAUCGGCUAUGCGUACACAAUUUGGUGGUGGACAAAUGGUUUCUGGUUUGAUGGGACCACAGCAAGGAAAUAUGGUGAGUUCUCAGCAAUUUGGCAUGGGAGUAGGAGUUGGAGUUGGAGGUGUUGGUAAUGUUGGAUCCAAUGCCAUGGGAAUGCCCAAUACCCAGCAAGUUUUGGCACAACAACAGCAACAACAGUCCAUGGCAAUGCAACAACAAAUGCAACAUAUACAGCAACAGCAAUUACAAUUGCAACAACAACAACAACAUGCUGCGAUGAUCCAACAAAAUAAUCAAACUAAUAAUCAAGCUACUACACCACAGACUCCGGUACCACAGACUACCCAGCCAUUAUCGCAAAAACAGGCUAAGGAAAUCAAUACUGCUAGUUUAUGUAGAUAUGGACAAGAGACAGUACAAGAUAUUGUUAGUCGAACUUUAGAGUUUUUUCAAACUCUUAAAGUCCUUCAACCACCCAAUGGUACUGCACAAGGAGCAAAUUUAGCGAAUGAAAAGAGGAAAAAAGUCUGCGAACAGUUAGAUUUGCUCAAAACUUUGUUCAAGCGUUUGAGAUUGAUAUAUGAAAAAUCUAACGAGAAUUGUCAGUUACAAGGCAUGGAAUAUACACAUAUAGAAAGUUUAAUUCCAUUGAAGGAGGAAUGGGAUAUGAAAUCUGAUGAAAAGAAAACUUCGGAAGCUUAUAGGGUCAUUUGUGAGGAGAGGAAAGAAGUCAUGGAGCAAGUCGUAUUAAAGAAUAGGCACAUUAAGGAAAUAAUUGAUCACUUGAGACGCAUUAUUUCAGAAAUAAAUACAAUGCUAAAUAUGCGUCGAUCUUAGGUUAUCAAAUAUAGAUAAU